AGCGACAGACACGCUGUGUCUGCGUGUCUCUGCUGUGGACGGGUUUCGAGCUGACAAGUUCACUUUCUGCCCGAGUGGGUUCAGACGGGCCGUCCGGGGGGAGGGGACCGUGUGUGCUGGAACUUUGCCGUCCUUCGGAGCAAGGAAAGCAGCAAAGCUCGGUUCUGGUUCGGUUUUAGUGCGUUCAAAUAACUGGAUGUGUGGGCUCAACAAUAUAGAGCGCAAAAAUACCUGCUGAAAGGAAUGUGGCUGUCACUGCGUAGGUGAGAGCUGCUUGUUCUGAAGACCUAGUGUGGAAAGGCCCAUCCACCGAAUGGACGCCCCUGGGGCAGGGGUGUCCUACCCCAUCAGCAGCUGCUGGCACUCAGCAUCUUCCUUUUUUUUAAUUUCCAGAGGUGGCAGUUCAGAUCUGUGCUGCUUUUAGUCACAGACACAAAAAAAUACCUACAGAAACUCUUGAGGUUUUAAGUGACAUCUGGGGAUGUCUGAAGUUGACGGGAAGAGGUGGUUGGUGCUGGUUUUGUUGGCUUGCUGAGCUGAAGUGCUUGCAGUGCUCUACCGUUUGAUUGCUGUCACCUAAUGGCUUUCUGGUCAUAAUAAAUAUGCUGUAUAGCCUGAUUUCUUUACCUUGAUACAGCAAUGCAAACAUUUUUUCUAGGUGUAAUUGCUGUUGUACUUUAGAAGGAACAGCAACUUUCACAGAUGCAGAUUUGAGGCCAGCCCAGUGUAGCACAGGAAUUAAUUUGAAGAACUGCUUCAUUGUGUCCUUCUCUUUUUAACAGCUCUGAUGACAAGUCACAGAGAAUCAACAAAGGCAGAUGGCUGGAGGUGGCUCUUGUUGCUUUGGGGAGUAAACUAUUGAGUAGCGAAAGACUGAAAGAUGAGCACAUUAGCACAAAACACACGAAAACGUUUUGUGCUGAAGUGUGUUAAACGUUUGAAAUAAGUUUGAAAAAUUGUAUUUUUAAAGCACUCUUAAAUUCCCUAUACUGAAAGUUCAUUUUUCCAAGUACAGGUACAAAGUUCUAAGUACAGCCAUCAGAUAUGCUCACAAUGUGCCAGCACAGGCUUGCCACAUGUAUGUAACGCUCUGGAAGAACAUUGGUGAAGGAGAAACACCAGAAUGAAAGAGAUGGACAACAUCAAAACUGUGAAGAAAGAAUGGAUGUGUAAAUCAGGAACAGACGAUCAGAUUUUGAAUGGUGCAGAACAGAACCGUGACUACUUUGUAGACAGCCUUUUUGAAGAAGCACAGAAGGUCGGUGCCAGAUGUGUGCCCCCAGCUACAGUCAAGAACCAGGUUGAUGUAAUCAUUAAACUUUGGAAAAAUGGGUUUACAGUAAAUGACAGUGAACUGAGGAGCUACACUGAUGUUUCAAACCAACAGUUCUUGGACUCCAUUAAAAAAGGGGAACUGCCUUUUGAGUUGCGAAAAGUUUUUGAUAAGGAGGAGGUAGAUGUGAAAGUGGAAGAUAAAAAAGAUAAGGUGUACUUGUCAUCGAAAAAGCCGGUGUUUCAUCCCUUUUCUGGACACGGUUACAGAUUAGGAAGUGCUACUCCAAGGAUAAUCUCUAAAGUAAGAGAUGAUCAUCAGGCAGCUGACAACAGAAGACGUCUACCUUUAGUACCCUUAAAUGAUUUGGAGCCUGUCACUAACAUCCAGAUCUGGUUAGCUGACGGAGAAAGAAUAAUUCAGAAAUUCAAUGUUUCGCACAGAAUAAGCCAUGUCCGAGACUUCAUAAUGAAGUAUCAAGGAUCGGAGAGAAGCGUUCCCUUCACACUAACCACUUCACUGCCAUUUCGAGAGCUGCGAGAUGAGACGCUAACCCUAGAAGAAGCAAAGUUGCAAAAUGCCGUUGUUGUUCAAAGACUUCAGAAAACAACCGAACCUUUUGGACUCUUGGUGAUGAAAGCACCUGACAGUGACUAUAAAACUGCUGCUACACCUAAUGGACAGCUCAAGAAUGAGCAAAAAAAGGCUAUCAAAACCACAAGAUCAAAUUAGUUUUUAACUCGCCAAAAUCUGCACACAGGUGGAACUAGACAAAACCAAAAAUGUAACCAGCAAUACCUGGAUGUACUCUCAUCCUCAUGUACUGUGCUCUCAGAGAGCAAAAUGUGUGCUGUGCUAUCAUCUGCUGUAAUAGAAGUAUUUUCAACGAGAUUUGGUGGUCAGAGCCUGGCUAUAUAACAUAACAGAGGUAGCUGGGCAGCAGGUCAUCCUUAGAAUUUCCUUAGGUAGAAAACUACUUAGUUCUUUAAUGAAUAUAUUUAGGUGGAACAGUUCUCUGAGAGUUCAUUACUACUGAUAGCACCUUUUAAGGAAAAAUAGUAUUUAUUUUUGCACUUUGGACUGAAGUGCAACUGAACUGAUUGGUUGCACUUGCAUUUUGGUGGAAGCUGCUGCACUUUGCAUUCUUCUCACGGUAACUUUUAGGCAAUAGAUGCUGCAGGGAAGCUCACAUUUGAACUCUUAACUAACUUAAAAAUCUUCAAUAUUGGUAUCUUCAGGGUUUAACUUUUAUCACAAGAUCUGCAGUGUAAUGUUCUAUCAAGUCUUCAUAUGGUGGUAGGUGCACGUGUGAGAAGAUAGAAAUGAGGUAGUCUGGUGCAUACUGCACAUGAAGUGCCUCCAAGGAAGCUCUGAAGAGGUUGCUUCUACCAAUGGUUGAAGUGGUUUUUGCCUCUUUUAUGCUGCUACAGGUGUCUUACAGAUGGGGUGAUGUUAAACUACCUAGCUCAUUAUGAUAGAGAUCCACUUUUAGCCUCGUCACACAAAAACUUCAGUUUUUCUUGAGAUUACCAUACAGGAAUAGUGGUUUAGAGGGACACAGUUGGUUUUAUACUAAGUAUCUGCCUCUGUCCCGAACUGGCCAACUGACUGAGACUCUAACUGCAUGUGGCCAAGUUUCAAAGAUGUUGAAAAUCCUUAUUUGAAAACAGGUUUCUUCCCCACACCCCUGCGCCAUUUGCAUCCAGAUUUUUUAUUUUGCUAUUCACGUACUUGAGCCAUAAAAUUUGUAGCCAGCUAUUCCAUGUUUUGCUGAAGGAGAAAUCAACAUAAAGACUAAAUAUUCUGUAUUGGGUUCGCUAAGUAGCGUGUGGGUUUGUGAAGGGAGCUGGAGUCUCUGGAUAAGAGUUAUUCUGGGGCUUUUGCUGAGUGCUGACCAAUUUGCUACCUAUGCAGAUGGAUACAUGUUGGGAUUGUAUUUCUUUUGAAUGGUUAAAUGAAGAGUUUGGAAUUUCCUGGGUUUGUUUUAAAUAGAAAAUUACUUAAUUGGAGUGACCUGAAUUCUAUCUAAAAAUCAUGUUACUUUUAACUAGGGAUGCGCUUACUUGAUUUGCAGAGAUGUAAAACUGUUUUGCUUCAGCAUCUCUCCUGGUAUGUUUGAGGGCAGUGAAAUGAAAGUCAACUGCACAAAUGUAUUUUAAGUGUAUUCAAAAAGCAAAUCUCAGAAAACUACGUGGUUAACUGUGUGCUAUAAACCUGAUGUGCUACUGUGUCAUUCAGGUUUAUGUAGCAAAUAAUACAACUAAGUUGUCUUCA